UUAGAUUUAUCAAUGGAAUUGAACGUAAAACAAAGCGGAAUUGAAAAAAGAACAUUUUCUACAACGUAUUACAAAACAAGGAGUGGGAAGAUUAACAAGCGUGUAAAUGAACUUUAUUUGAGAAAUGAUAUUCCUUGUGGAUUUUCGCGUUGUUUAAAAUGUCGUUACAACAGUGAAGCCCUCAAACCUCUCCAAUUUUUUGAAAAUGGAAGUUUGACUAAAUCAGUUAAAUACCCACAUUUUUUACUUCUUGAUGGGCCUUCUAUAAUGAAAUUUAUUGAUGUUUUGGAUGAUAUUAGUGUUUUUCGGAAUAUAAUUAUUCUCCAAAGUGUUUGGGCUUACAUAAAGAAAAUGAGCGGUGCAGUUUUUAAACGUUUAAAUACCUUUUUUACUGAAAAUAAUGAUCGAAUGUUUGUUUUUCUCAAUGAAUUUGUUGGCCAAACUUUUGUUGAUCUAAGCUUUAGCCGUGUUCCUGAACUUUAUCAAGAACAAUGCUUAAUUUCUGGCUCUAAAUUUCUUUGCGAUCAUUGGAAUGAAUUUUCUGUUCGUCCUUUAAUUCUCUGUUCUUCAGAAGAGACGAUUGCGCGUGUUUCUAAAGAUUAUCAACAUGUAAUUUCACUAAUUGAUUAUGUAAAAGGAAUCCCAGGCUCCGAGUCGCUCAUUCAACGCUUAACUGAUUUAGGCAAAAAAGAAAGACGAGGACGUGCACUUUUUCCAGAAUAUUGGACUCAAGACAAACUUUUGGAUGGAUUGUCUAAAGGAAAUUUGAAAAAAGGAAAAUUUCAGAUUUCCCAGGAAAAUUAUUUGGAAGCUUUUGUGGAAUUUGAUAUGGAGGAUCAAUGGUUUGUCCAGGGUUCUCUAAAUAUGAAUAGAGCAGUUCACGGAGAUGUCGUAGUAGCUCAACUUUUGCCAGAAUCUGAGUGGUCCGCUCCAGAGAAAACUAUUCGAUUAAGAGACGCUGAGGAAACCCAAAAUGAGGGAGAUAAUUUACCUGAUGCUGAUGGGGAAGAGGAAGAAAGUGGAGAUGAGGAUUUGGAAGAUAGUGAAGCACCGGCAAAGAAGAGCAGAAAAGAGGUUUUGCCCUCAGCACGUAUUGUUGGCAUUCUACGACGGAAUUGGCGUCAUUAUUGUGGAAUUAUUUUACCUCCAAACAUGCCUGGUGCUCGUCAGUUUUUAUUUGCUCCUUCUGAACGUUUAAUUCCCCGAAUUAGAAUUGAGACGUCCUAUUAUGAACAGUUGAUUGGCAAAAAAGUUCUGGUACAAAUUGAUUCAUGGCCACAAGAUUCUCAUUAUCCAAGAGGUCAUUAUAUUCGCGUAAUUGGCAAUGAAGGCGAACGCAAAACAGAAGAUGAAGUUAUUUUGUUGGAACAUGAAGUUCCCUAUGAUGAAUUUUCUCCAGCUGUCCUCGCAUGUCUUCCUCAAGUUCCUUGGUCACCACAUCCUUUAGAUCCUCCAGAACGCGAAGAUUUGACGGCUUUGGAUAUUUGUUCUGUUGACCCUGAAGGUUGUACUGAUAUUGACGAUGCGGUUCAUUGCCGCGAAGUAGGGCCUAAUCGCUUUGAAGUUGGAGUGCACAUUGCUGAUGUCACUCAUUUUGUUCGUCCUGGAACAGCAAUAGACCAAACAGCAGCUGAGCGUUCUACUACAGUUUAUUUAUGUGGAAGACGUAUUGAUAUGUUGCCAUCUUUACUUUCGACAAAUCUAUGUUCUCUUCGUGGUGGUGAAUUGCGCUAUGCAUUUAGUGUUAUUUGGGAAUUAAAUGGAGACGCAGAAAUUCAAAAUGUUAGAUUUUGUAAAUCGUUAAUUCAUUCACGUGCUGCCUUAACUUAUCAAAAAGCUCAAGAAAUGAUUGAUGAUGAAAAAUAUCAGGAUGUUAUAGCUACAAGUUUGAGGAAUCUGUUAAAUUUGUCAAAGAAAUUGAAGUCUCGUCGACGUACUGUUGGUGCAUUGGAAUUAGCUUCUUCAGAGAUUCGUUUUGAUAUUGACCCGGAAACUGGGGCUCCUGUUAAAGUGUUAGAGAAGCAACAUUUGGAGACUAUGUCAAUGAUAGAAGAAUUUAUGUUGUUGGCAAACAUUUCUGUUGCUGAAAAAAUUCUUCACGAAUAUCCGUUAUUUUUCGUCCCGAAAAUUGACUAA